GCGUCUAUAACAUGAGGCAGAACUAGGAAAAAAGUCCAGCGAGCCAAUGCUUAUGGGCACAGCAGGAAAUCAGCCAACCAGAAACAGGAAGAGAAAAGGAGAGAGAGGGAGGCUCAUAAGUAAUUGAAAUGGAGGUGAUGUCGCCGAUGGGCUGCACUGCUACUGUAACUGAAGUGCAGCAGAGCGUUUGGGAUAAAAUUGCUUUCUAAUUAUUCAAUCCACCUUUACUUUUCCUUAUGAGAGACAAAGAGAGAAUGACUGAAAGAAAGAGAGAGAAAAUAGUCUCUACAUCAUGCAGCAGCAGUGGGUGUGUCUGGCUUUACUGGCCUUCAUGAUUGUCACAGUGACGCAGGCAGAUGGUGGAAAAACAGAGAAACAAGGUAAGAAAGAGCGUAAAUCGGACUGUGGCGAGUGGCAGUGGAGCGUGUGUGUGGCUAACGAGGGUGACUGCGGUCUGGGCACCAGAGAGGGCACACGCACCGGCACCGACUGUAAACAGACCAUCAAAACCCAGCGCUGCAAAAUCCCCUGCAACUGGAAAAAGCAGUUUGGAGGUGAGUGUAAGUAUGAUUUUGAAGCGUGGGGAGAGUGUGACUCGAUCACGGGAAUGAAGACGCGCACCGGCAUGCUAAAGCGAGCGCUGAUGGACGCUAGCUGCCUGAACACCGUCAACAUCACCAAACCCUGCAGCAAACCCAAGACCAAGAUACAAGAUUCACAGAAACCAAAACGGGAAGGAAAGAAGAAGGAGCGAAAGCAGACAGACUAGAGGAGAAACUCCAGCUGCCUCCUGAAGCUCCUCAGGCAGAGACGCGCAGAUGAUGCUGCUCCUUAUUUACUAUACAAUAUUUUUAGAUCGUUUGUAGCUUUAAUUUACAGCUCACAGAAUAAUGCAUAAAUGAUAAAAGAAACACAAAUGAAUGACUAAAAUCUUCUGCUGAAACUUCUAAUGUUGUACCAGCCAUUUCAGACCACCCAGCUGGCGAAAAUAUGUCCCCCUUUAGGUUCUGAAAACAUUUCUGGAUGUUCUCUGGAUGUUCUGAAAGUCUAGUAAAAAAAAAAAAAAAUUGUGGUCAUGUGAAUGUUAAGGGAACAUUCCAUUUUAGAAGUUUGCAAACAUUAUGGGAAUGUUACUUCUAUGAAUGAUGCAGAAAUAGCCAGAAAACUCUGAAUGAAUGUUCUAUUAAUGUUAUUUGAAGAACGUUUGUUUAUAACUUUGCCAGAACGUUCUGAGAAUGUUUCCUGUUAGCUGGGCGGGAACAUCAGACAUUAAUAAAAUGCCAAAUUGAGCUGUCUUUGAAUUCAUGAGUGUGAAUUUAAAUGAACUGGCCUCUCAAACGAAAUGUUGAAUUACAAUUUGAACUGCAAUUUAUGAACAAAAGAGAUCCAUUGAAGUAAAUUAGUGCAUUCUGGGAAAUGAAAUGCCCUUCCACUAAAAGAAAAGAAAA